CCACAGCCUGUGCCCACCGCCGAACCUGACUCGCGUUAGUUUUCCAGACUUGUUUAGGGAGAGCGUGUGUGGAAUUAAAGUUCUGGCUGUCGUUUCGCAAAUUAAGAAACUGACCUUUUAAUUAAUGUUUAAGUCUUUCUCAGUGAUCUCAGCACGCACUAGCACAGCUAAGCCCCGUGGGAUCUCGGGUUACUGCCCAACUGAGUUUUUAGGCUGCAAAACAGAACCAGGCCGAGGCUGCGCCCACGGAAGGCCCAGCCUGAAAAGGGGACCUUUUUCCAUAAUGUCCCCACUUGAUCUCCCACCGUGUAUUUGAAAUCGUUUAUUAAGCUCGACAGUCACCUGAGCAAAACAGAAAGAAAACAGGAAAUUUGCCGAUUAAGAGCUUUCUGUCUAAGAAAAGGUAUUAAUUAUAUAUACAGUGUUACGGACCUUUGACAUUUACUAGGGCUCUUGAGAUAGAGCCCAUAUCGGAAUCCUCAAACACACUGUAGAAUUUCCCCUCAUAAAAUACUGUAAAGUAUAACUUGGAAAUGUAAGUGACUCAGAUCCUUACUGAUGCUAUAAAUGCAAGAUUUGAAGCCAUUGAUAUAGUUUUUAAAUCCGCAUCUUGUGUUUUCAUUCUUUAGCUGACGGGCAUUUGGGUUUCUGUUUUUUGGCUCUUGUGAAUAAUGCUGCUGUGAACAUUCGGGUACAGAUUUUUGCGUGGAUGUGUUUUCAGUUCUCUGGAGUAUAAACUCAGGACUAGAACUGCAGGGUCACAAGGUAGCCUGUGCUAAAGAAGCACUGAGGAGCUGGCAGGCUGUUUCCCAACGCGGCUGCAUCAGUGUGCGUUCCCCGACAACGUGCGAGAGUUCCAGCUUCUCCCCAUCCUCCCAACGCUUAGGUGUUAUCCUUCUGAUCAUAGUUAUCCUCGCCGUGGGGAGUUGUCUCACUGUGGUUUUGACUUGCGUUUCCCCUAGUGACGAACGAUGGCGGCACCUUCUCGUGUGCCACAGCUCUUUCACUCCGCGUUGCACGGGAAGUUCCAGCCAGAAUAGGAGGCAGGAGGAGGACUGGAAGGGGAGCCUAAGUGACGACUUGUGGAUCCACGCUGUAGCGUUACCGACCCAGCCUCACCACCCACGUAGACCCAUCAUUUGCAUUAUUAAGAGUCGCGGCCAGCUUUUAGCGUGGCCUGGUGAACUGUGUGGGGUAUCCAUUACUUGGGGAUCAUGCAGAGAGCGUCACGUCUGAAGAGAGAGCUGGACCAGUUAGCCACGGAGCCACCGCCAGGCAUCACGUGCUGGCAAGACAGCGACCAGAUGGGCGAUCUGCGGGCGCAAAUAUUAGGUGGGGCCAACACACCUUAUGAAAAAGGUGUGUUCAAGCUGGAGGUUAUCGUUCCUGAGAGGUACCCAUUUGAACCUCCUCAGAUCCGAUUUCUGACUCCUAUCUAUCAUCCAAACAUCGACUCUGCUGGAAGGAUUUGUCUGGAUAUUCUCAAAUUGCCACCAAAAGGUGCCUGGAGACCAUCCCUCAACAUUGCAACUGUCCUGACCUCCAUUCAGCUGCUCAUGUCAGAGCCCAACCCUGAUGACCCGCUCAUGGCUGACAUAUCCUCAGAAUUUAAAUAUAAUAAGCCAGUCUUCCUCAGGAAUGCCAGGCAGUGGACAGAGAAGCACGCGAGACAGAAGGAUAACGAGCGGGAGAUGCCUGGGGACCUGCCAGAGGCCGGUGACUCAGAAGUGCACAGUGUGACCCAGAAAAGGAAGGCCGGGCAGCCGGGAGGCACUGAGAAGAGACGCCGUCCUGAUGCUCAGGGGCUUGUGGUGCCGGCCGGGCGUCUCAGCUGAUGCGCUGUUUGCCAAGAUGGGCUCGUCGGCCUGCCUUUCUCGAGCGACGACGCUAUCACUGUUGUUCCCUAUAAAACAGACCUUGUAUAUUUUUAUACAUUCUGCUCUCCAUUGAUUCUGAAACGUAGUUUGUUUUAUUUAGCUUGACAUACGUAUUUUGAAACCUGAAAAAUAAAUAAUCACUUAAUGUUGA